UUGGCUUCAAGUUCAUAACGCUUGCACCGCCAGUCGUGUCUGUUUGACCUCGACUGCGUCUCAUCCAUCUCGGGCUCUAUCAAGUACCAUGAUGACUGCAAUUGCUUCCAGGGUUGGUGUUGCACGGUUCGUGCACGGGGCAAAUCCCGUGACUCUAAAGCGGCAUGGUAUGACAUAUAGCCCCAAUUAUUCAGCCUUUGUGCGUAUGCACACGUGAUCACGGCCACGACAGUGCCCAACCUCGCAUUUUAAUACGAGCGCUAAAAAUAUGCUUUGCACAACAAGAUCCGGCCACGGUCAAGGCGCCAAUCUAUCGCGGAUUGGCAUCGUUAGUUCAGCCAUGGACACAAUAAUGCGAUAUGUCUGAAAGAGGCAUAUGGACUGAAUAUGGGCGAUACCUCAGUCAUGACAUGUAACUAAUAAUGAAUGAAGCUGAGGCCGGCCGGUCGAGGCGCCCGCAGCACCCGCAACGCCCCGCCUGAAUAAGCAGAUUAGCAGAUUAUCGCAGAUCUACGGCCAACUCGAGGAUGCACUAUCUGGGCAUAUCGGGUCUCUCCCACGGACAUCCCGAGCCUCCCGACGAAUGCUUCCUCCAGCCACUCCCACCUGCGUCUUCUGCCAGUGUUGGUUGUUUCUGCCUGGCCGACAUUCUUGCUGUUGCUGUUGUUGCGCAACAGUUCUUUACCAGACCAAGACUUCGGUAUCGUCGGCCCUUCGAGUUACCGACCUGUUGCCUCGAAAUCUUCCUUAGCCGCGACAUCCCGUCAUAGCCAGGACCACCCCGUUGAGCGCCGUAUGGUUAUCUUCCACCGAACCACUUCGCAAAACUCUUCAGAACGAGAGAUCGUUCGAAAUUGUCCCGGCUAGGAGCGUGAUUGAAAGUCCGCAUAACAGCCUUUAAUCGGACAAUCAGAAUCUUUGGGAAGAGCAGCUGGUCAUUGGAAUCAUCGUCACCAUAGCGAGGGUACAAAAUCUGCGCGGUUUGGAUUGACCUCCCACGUCAUUGAGGGCCUAAUACUCGGCCUCUACAAACCCAACUCCCCCUACACCUGCAUUCCCUUUAGCACUGAAGGAGUCAUCACCAGUUCUGCCCCAGCCAACAUGUCUGUCCUUCGAAAGUUGUCGAAGAAGGUCAACACUCAGGGGAGCGACUCCCCUAGAGCCAGUUCAGAGCUUUCUCCUGUCUCGUCCCAGAGUCCGGGUCCCCACCGCCGUUCGCUGGCGCAAUUCUUGCAUCUCGGCGACAAGGAUUAUACCUCCAGCGACAAUGAGUCCGACUUGAGUGAUUUCGACAGUGAUGGACUGAGCAAAAAUGCACAAAAAAGGGCCCUCGCCAAACAAAAAAAGCAUGAGCAGCGGUCAAGGUUGAGCCUGGAGCACCGGGAUGACUCUUCCGAACGGUCGAAGCAACGAUUGGAAGAAGCUGCGAAGACCGAGACUGCAGAGAUGAAGGCUCGUUAUGGCGAUCUUCCUUUGAUGCAAUCCACCACUCGACACACUACCGACCGCAUCGAGAUCAGCACCAUCACGGAAGAGAUGGUGGGACAAGAAAUCACUUUCCGCUGUAGAUUGCACAAUGUCCGAAGGAUGGGUGCGAAGCUGGUUUUCCUCAUCUUUCGACAACAGCUCAGCACCAUUCAGGGUGUCCUACUGGAGCAGCCAGGCAAGAUCUCCGCCCUCAUGGUGCAUUGGGCCGAGCACUUGCGCACUGGUAAUGUUAUGCUGGUCAAGGGAGUGCUUCAAAAGCCGGAGAUACCAGUCAAGUCGGCGUCCAUACACACUAUGGAGGUCAAAGUGACCAACCUGCAUGUAAUUGUCAAGCGAGCCGAACCAGUCCCAUUUUCUGUCCAGGAGGCUGAGUUGGCCAUCUCUGACGACGAUCAGAAAACAGAGGGACGGAAGGCUUUGAUUCCCGAUCGCACCAGACUGGACAACCGUAUCAUGGAUCUGCGCACGGCCACCUCCCAGUCGAUAUUUCGCAUCCAAUCCGCCGUGGGAAACCUGUUCCGCUCCAGUCUCGACGAACUACGUUUUGUGGAAAUCCAUACUCCAAAGCUUCAAGGUGCUGCUACAGAGUCUGGUGCAUCGGUGUUCAAAGUCAACUACUUUGGUCGUCCAGCAUUCCUUGCCCAGUCCCCACAACUUGCCAAACAGAUGGCUAUCGCAUCCGACUUUGAAAGAGUUUACGAGAUUGGCGCUGUCUUCCGGGCCGAGAACUCCAACACCCAUCGCCAUUUGACCGAGUAUACGGGUCUUGAUUUGGAGAUGGCUAUUGAAGAGCACUACCACGAGAUGAUGGACGUCAUUGACCACACUCUCAAGAACAUCUUCAAGGGGGUCUAUACCCGAUACCGUCGGGAAAUCGAUAUCGUCAAGGAGCAAUUCCCUAGUGAGGAUUUGGUCUGGCUCGAAGAAACACCAAGAAUUCCUUUCAAGGACGCCAUACAGAUGCUUAACGAAUCUGGGUGGCUGAACGAGGACGGUGAGCCCAUCUCGCCUCUUGAGGAUCUUGCCACUCGCGACGAGAUCCGUCUCGGUGAGCUUAUGAAGGAGAAAUACAAGACCGAUUACUAUAUCCUGGAUAAAUUCCCAAGAUCAGCACGACCUUUCUACACCAUGCCGGAUGCAAAUGACGAACGAUACACAAACUCUUUUGAUGUUUUUGUUCGCGGGCAAGAAAUCAUCUCUGGUGGGCAGCGUAUCCACGAGGCACAAAUGCUAGAAGAUAACAUGCGUUUGGUGGGUAUCGAUCCUGAAGACAUGGCCGAGUACAUGGAAGGCUUCAAAUGGGGUGCGCCACCGCACGCUGGCUGUGGUGUCGGUCUUGAACGUAUUGUGAUGCUCAUCCUCAAGCUCGGAAACAUCAGGCUGGCCUCGAUGUUCCACAGAGACCCCAAGUCAUUCCCACUGAAGCCUGUCGUUGACAAGCUUCGUCAUCCCGAAGCAGAUACCCUGAACCCCAUCUGGCGCAAAGAGCGCGGCCGCGAGGUCGCACCGGAGGACCGCCAAAUGCCUGAUCUUUACGACCUGAUUGCGAACUACGGUGAUGCAACCGCCACCUCUUGGGGCGAUGCCAGGUACAAGAUAUGGCGUCACGCCGACACCGGUGCCGCAGUGUCUUACGUGCCAGUUGGCAAUUAUGCCAUCUUGCCAGGUGACCCUCUCUGCGCCCCUAGCCAGUACUACCGCAUCGUCGUGGCUUUCCUUCAGUGGCUCAAGAAAGAGACUCACCUGAAACCCAUCUGGAUCCUGAUCGGUCCAGAGAUGGAAGAAAUCCUCGGUGAACGCCUUGGCUGGAAGACGCUCUCUUGUGUCGCGGAAGAGCGAGUCGACCCGCACAAGAAGACCGCCGAAUCCGACCCAGAAGUGGCCAGGAAAAUCCGGAAGGCCCAAGCUGAGGGUGUCAAGAUUAUUGAUCUCGAUCCCAAGAAGCCCGUUCCAGAGAGCAUCAAGGAACGUGCAAACGCCAGAGUUAGGGAUUGGUUGUCCAACCGCAAGGGUACACAGAUUCAUCUUUCCAACAUCGAUCUCUUCCGAGACGAGAAGCAUAGGCGAUUCUACAUUGCCGAGGACAAAGAGGGUGCCCUCUGCGGUAUUGCGGUCAUGUGCGAAAUUGCCCCUAAGCGCGGCUGGCAAGCCAAGUACACCUUGGAUUUCCCGGGUGCCCCAUCCGGCACGAUUGAAUACCUCACUACCCAUGCUCUCAAUGCUGCUGCAGAGGCUGGUGUUAAGUCGGUCACUUUUGGCGGCGGUGCCGCUGCUCAUCUGACUCCUGGGCAUCAUAUGAGCGGUGCCAAGGUUAAGGUGUUGUCAGCCACCUACGAUGCCAUUGUGAAGCAGUUCAACCUGGUGAGGAAGUCGGAGUUCAGAGAGAAGAUGGGAGCUGUCGCAGAUCCUUUGUGGAUUGCCUAUCCGCCCCAUGGUCUCGGGUCAAGGGGCAUCAAGGCCAUUAUGCGAUUCUUCCAAGAUGACUAGAUGGAUAUCCUAUCGAUACCCGGAACCUUUCAGUUGGGUUCAUCCAAGCGCUAGCCAGGAUAGGACCUUGUCAAAGCACCAGUUUAUUCUACGACGGUAUGCGCCCAAAGGUGUGCUUCGUAAACAGUAUGGUGUAUGUAUUGGAUGCGAUAACAACAAUCGUGCAAUGUUGGCUGCCGCGUCCGAGCAGGCGCGGGACAAAUGGAGAGUAGAAAGUAAGGAGUCAUGCCAGUUAGGAUGGUGAUGGUGAUGUGAUUGAAGAAGCGGAAAGACUGGUCGAGCCCAAUAUCCUUCGUUUUGGUGGGCUUCAUUUCAUAGAGAUACCACGCUCUCGUUCGGUAGUGCAGUUCGGAUUGCGCAAUGAGGAUACAUGUUUGGUUGUUUCGUA